GCCUGGGAUGCACACGGUGGGAGAGAGCAAGUACAACCAUUGGUUUGAUGGCCUGGCCCUUCUCCACAGUUUCUCCAUCAGAGAUGGGGAGGUCUUCUACAGAAGCAAAUACUUGCAGAGUGAUACCUACAGCACCAACCUCGAGGCCAACAAAAUCGUGGUGUCUGAGUUUGGAACAAUGGCCUACCCAGACCCCUGCAAAAACAUCUUUUCCAAAGCUUUCUCCUACCUGUCCCACACCAUCCCCGAUUUCACUGACAACUGCCUGAUCAACAUCAUGAAGUGUGGAGAUGACUUCUACGCCACCACAGAGACCAACUACAUCAGGAAGAUCAACCCCCAGACUCUAGAGACCCUGGAGAAGGUUGAUUACCGGAAGUAUGUGGCUGUCAACCUGGCGACCGCACACCCUCAUUAUGAUGCAGCUGGAAAUGUCCUUAACAUGGGCACGUCCAUCGUGGACAACGGGAGGACAAAAUAUGUCAUGUUUAAGAUCCCUGCCACAGCGCCAGGCACCAAGAAGAAAGGGAAGAGCCCCUUGAAGCACACAGAAGUGUUCUGCUCCAUCCCCUCCCGCUCACUCCUCUCCCCCAGCUACUACCACAGCUUCGGAGUCACAGAGAACUAUGUCAUCUUUCUGGAGCAGCCUUUCAAGUUGGAUAUCCUCAAAAUGGCCACCGCGUACAUGCGGGGAGUGAGCUGGGCUUCCUGCAUGUCAUUCCACAGGGAGGACAAGACUUACAUUCAUAUCAUCGACCAGAGGACGAGGAAGCCUGUGCCAACCAAGUUCUACACAGACCCCAUGGUGGUCUUCCACCAUGUCAAUGCCUAUGAGGAGGAUGGCUGUGUUGUGUUUGAUGUUAUCGCCUAUGAGGACAGCAGCCUCUAUGAGCUCUUCUACCUGGCCAACCUGAACCAGAACUUCGAGGAGAAUUCUAGGAUGACGUCAGUGCCCACCCUCAAGAGGUUUGCUGUACCGCUCCAUGUGGACAAGAAUGCAGAAGUGGGCGCAAAUUUAAUCAAGGUGACAUCUACAAGAGCAACAGCCUUGAAGGAGAAAGACGGUCAUGUCUACUGCCAGCCUGAAGUUCUCUAUGAAGGCCUAGAACUCCCUCGGAUAAAUUAUGCUCACAACGGGAAGCCCUAUCGCUACAUCUUUGCUGCUGAAGUUCAGUGGAGUCCCAUCCCGACCAAGAUAUUGAAAUACGAUGUUCUCACAAAGUCCUCCUUAAAGUGGGGUGAGGAGUGCUGCUGGCCGGCGGAACCCGUGUUUGUACCCACGCCAGGAGCCAUGGAUGAGGAUGACGGAGUGAUCCUAUCGGCCAUUGUCUCUACUGAUCCCCAAAAGCUGCCUUUUUUACUUAUUCUGGACGCCAAAACUUUUACGGAAUUGGCUCGUGCUUCUGUGGAUGCAGACAUGCACCUGGACCUGCAUGGCUUGUUUAUCCCGGAUGUAGACAAGAGUGCAGAGAACCAGACCCCUGCCAUGACGCAGGAGGAUGAAAAUUCAGAUGCCCCUAUCACCCAACAGGCCUGACGGUGUCAGGAUUGGGCCACAGUAAGAAUGACUUCUCUGGUGGGACCUGGGGACAGUAAGGGUGAUUGCAGACACUGUCAGGUUGACAGCAUCUAGGAUCACUUAGGAACAAACUUAUAGGCCUGGCUUGAGAGAGUUUCUAUACUGGGCAAACUGGGCAAGGAAGAUCCUUGAAUGUGGGCCGCACCAUCCCAUGAAUUGAUGUCCGGACUGAAUAGAAAGGAAAGAGCCAACAGACCAUCAGCAUUCAUCUGCUUCCUGACUGUGGAUGCAAUGCCACCAGCUGCCCCACGCUCCUGACAUCUUGCCUUCCUCCGCAUGAUAGACUACACCUGGACCUGAGGGCCAAAAUAAACCCGCCCUUCCUUGAGUCGCUUUUGUAGGGAUCUUAUCCCAGCAAUGGGAAAGUGAGUAGUAAGCUUGUACCUCUCUCUCUGGGUGGAGGUGGCCACGCAUUUCA